UAAUGAUGCAGCAGUCGACUGUUGAAACCCUUGAAAGCAUGCAGAGGAGCAGCAACAUAUGCGUCUGUUUACACUUUCAGUCUCCCGCGUAAAAACAGUUCCGCAGUAUCGGGGUUAGGGGGAGAAAUAUCCGAAGAGAUAUUGAAAAAGAAAAAAAUAUUAAAAAAAAAAAAAAGAAAAAAAAAAUAGCAUCACAUACGUAUAGUGUAGUCUACAAACGCACGAGAAGAGUUAAUCAACAAUUUAAGUGACGCAUCAUGUCGAGCGUCGAAGUAAACUUUCCAAAAGAAGAUCAGCCAUCGAGAAUCAAGAAGUGGAGAGUGUCAGUGGGUACAAUGGUUACCGCUGGAAGAAUAUUAUUAUUGUAUCAUGAUGUGGCUACUGGCCAAAUAGAGAAAAAAUUGAGAGCUACGCAAUUUGGCCGUAUUGUCAAACUCCUUGUUAAAGAUAAUGAAGUCGUUCAUCCAGGGCAACCUGUACUCCUAAUGGAAGGAUGUAAGCAUCCGACAGUUAUGAAAGACUUAUGUGCUGAAUGUGGAGCUGACUUGAGAAAAGAAUUUGAUGAAAAUCCUGACAAAACAUUUGUAUCCCAAGCUAAUGUACCUAUGGUUCACAGUGUUCCAGAAUUAAAAGUAACAGCUGAAUUGGCAGAAAAAAUUGGUAGGGAAGAUAAAGAGAGAUUAUUGAAACAUAAACAAUUAGUAUUGUUAGUUGAUCUCGAUCAAACUAUUGUUCAUACCACAAAUGAUAAUAUUCCAGCUAAUAUGGAGGAUGUACAUCAUUUUCAACUUUAUGGACCAGCCUCGCCAUGGUAUCACACAAGAUUAAGACCGCAUACAAGACAUUUUUUAUCGGAAGUUAGUAAGCUUUAUGAAUUGCAUAUUUGUACAUUUGGAGCACGGCAAUAUGCUCAUAGAGUAGCUGCACUUUUGGAUAAUGAUGGGAAGCUAUUUUCCCACAGAAUAUUAUCUAGAGACGAGUGCUUCGACCCACAAUCUAAAACUGCAAAUCUCAAAGCUUUAUUUCCUUGUGGGGUAGACAUGGUUUGUAUUAUCGAUGAUAGAGAUGACGUGUGGCAAGGUUGCGCAAAUUUAGUUCAAGUAAAACCAUACCAUUUCUUUUUACAUACUGGCGAUAUAAAUGUACCGCCAGGUCUGGGAAAACAUGACGAUCCUAGUCCACCAAAAUCCCUCACCGAAGAAGCAUUGCAGGAUGCCAAUUCCAACGAUAGUACUGAAAAUGGCAAAUCCGGUAAAAAUGAUAACGAUGAAGAUAAAGAUGAAAAUAUAGAUAAAAUUAAAGAAAUUAAUAAUAAAGAUGCGGAGGAAGUUCAUUCUCAGAACGAUACCAAAAAUCCAGAAAAUGCGGAGGGAGAACAAGCUGAAAACAUUAACGAAAUAAGAGUAACUGAGAAGAUUAGCGAGGAUGAUGAUCUAAAAGAGGCGAGUAAUAAUAAUUCUGAAACUGCAGAAAGUAAUCAAGCAUCUAAUAAGAUGGAUUGCAAAAGUAAAAGUAAAAGUAUUAAUUCAGAAAAAUUGAAAACCAAAAAGAAGCACGGUAGGGGUAAGAAGGAAAAGCAAAAACAAGAGGAUCAACUACAAUUCAACAGUAAAGAAAUGGAGGAUCAGGAUGAUUAUUUAUUAUAUUUAGAAGAUAUACUAAAGAGAAUACAUACAGAAUUUUAUACGGAAGCGGAAAUCGAAACAAAAUCAAAAACUCUUAGAGAAAUAAUUCCAAAAGUCAGAUCUCGUGUAUUGGAAGGGUUGUGUUUAACAUUUAGUGGUCUUGUGCCAAAUAAUCAGAAGCUUCAUCAAAGUCGCGCUUAUAAAGUGGCUAGGGCAUUUGGAGCACAAGUUUCGCAGGAUCUCACAAAGCAGUCUACUCAUUUAGUAGCUAUUCAGCCAGGAACGGUCAAAGUACGAGAGGCAAAGAGACAGGGCAAAGUUAAAAUAGUCAAUCCAGAUUGGCUGUGGACUUGCGCGGAACGAUGGGAACACGUUGACGAGCGCUUGUAUCCUCUAAAAGAAGUACCAUUACACAAGGCUCGCGAAUUCAGGAAGCCACCGGCACAUUGUAGUACACCCGAGCACGUGGAGGAUGUCACCCCAAAAACGGAAAAUAAUUUUGCCAAUACCAUCAAUCCGUUGAUGAUCUUUACCCAGGAGGAGAUCGCAAAUAUGGAUAAAGAAGUUAAUGAAGACAUGUCUGAUCUCGAAGAUAUAUUCGAUGAUUCGGAUGAUGAUGAAAAAGUUCGUAAAAGGGAACAUGAUUCAGAUUCCAAUGACAUAUAUGGCUAUUAUGAUGAAAUUCCAUCUCUAAAGAAACGAAGAAAAAACAGCGACAAUGAUAGCAUCGGUAGUAAGUCCACAGACGACGAUGGUAAGACACAAUGUUAUGUCGAUGACGAUGAUGAUGAAGAAGAGGAUGACCCAGUGACGCGUUUUCGACGAGGUGAAGCUUUACCCGAUGAUCUUGAUCUUGGAGAUAAUUCUCAGGAUUCCGUCUGUGAUCUUGAAACCGAAGACAUGGAGGAUGAACGCGAAUGGAAUGCAAUGGGUGCGGCCCUCGAAAGGGAAUUCAUGUCUGAUUGAUGUUGUUGAAUGAGAAUAUGUUUAAAAAAUUGUUAUAAUAGAAAAUUUGUAAAAUUUAAGAGUGUGAUAGGACAACAAAGUGAAAGUUUACCUUUUCUAUGAGAAUGAGAGUACAUACUUGUAGAUUAAAAAAAAGUCUAUUGAAUAAUGGAAAGAAAAUAUAUUUAC